AUGUCCUUGUUCACCCCUGCUGCUCCUGUAAGCAUCUUAUUUUGAUGUUUUUUUUACUUUCAUUGCUUCUUACUUCUAUCCGAUGUGGUCUUUCUAGUAGCCUGUAGAGUUAAACAUUUUGCAUCAUGGAGUCCAAUAUUGUACGUGUGCUUGAUACGGCUGUGAUCAUGCUUAGUCUAACCGACGUUGGCUAUUUCGUUGGUUACAUCUCCCCACGCAGGACGAUAUGCAGCAGCAGCCUUUAGUAACGACAGAAGCCGAGUACUGAAGGUCCAAAAACCACCUUGAUGCCCUCUUCUCGUCAGGCAUGCAUCUAGAAGGCUCUGGUUUCCCCAAAGUUGGCGGGUAAACUGACUGAUCUACUGACAUUAAUUCUUGAGACUGAAUUCUAUAGGCCACCGCAACUUGAUGCUAACAGAGCGAUAUCGUUGGCGUAAUCGAGACCAGUCAGUCGGCAUAGAAACCCAAUUUAGUAGCUUUCCAGGAACCCAGGCAGUGGUAUUGUUAAAUAGAUAAGGCGACAGAAUGCAGCCCUAACGAACGUCAGAUUUUCUUCCGAACACUUGCAAGUGGCUAUUGCGCAUCAGAACGUGCGGAACGGUAGAUCGUUUACAGACCAUAACUCCGACCGUACCGUAAGCCGAGGGCUUCAAAACUGUCCUUACCUGAAUUUUCCUAUCCCCUCUCCAAAUACACUGGUGGGAUCCCACCACAAAACUUGUCGCAUUGACUCCGGUGAGUGUUCCUAGAAUUUUGAAUUCCAAUUUGACUCUUUUUUCCUUGUUUGCCUCCCCUACUGUCUUAGUGACGCCCCAUCCAUUUCGAUGUCUCCACAGAUUUCUGUAUCAAAAGGCCUUUGAUGGCUCAUGCUUGUAAUUCGUAUUUCAGGUUGUAUGGAGAGGGGCAAUUCGGUAAGAAUUACUCCCCUUGCUCACUCCAGUUCUUAUUCGUUGCCGCGUCGGUUCUCAUUCCAGUUUGAGUUAAAAAAACGCUUACUAUCUAAAACGUAGUAGCAUCAUAUUAUGUUUGGUUUUUCCGUUGACAGGCGGGCGGCGCACUUGGGGGUGACAGCGCAAAUGCAAGUGCCGGCGGCGGUGGUGGUGGUGGAAAAAAGAACGGCAAAAAGGGCAAGGGAGGAAAGAAGAAGGGAGGUAAAAAACAAAAGGGCAAGCACAACUCAGCAAUUGACUCGGAACUCCCCUCGAACUCCUACCCGCGGAUAAGCCACCUUCGACAGCUCUUCAAGCAUCAGUGCAGAAUUCCAUCAGUAAGCCGCUUUUUCCGUGCGUAUUAUUCCGCUGUUCCGCAUUUCUUCGUAUUCUUUUGGACAAACUCUGGCUAGGGUCCAUCCCACGCAGAUGAAGCCUCUGCGAAGACUGCCGUCUUCCGGUAGUACUGUGUAGAAAAUUUUCCGAGCAGCCCAAGUCAUCGGACAUGACCCGAUGCGCAUCCACUGUUUCAAAAACGGCCUAUUUUUCUCAAAUCAAUCGUUAUCUCAUCUCGUGGGGUCCAUGAACAUACUUUAAAGACUUGUCCCAAGUUCUAUCAUUAAUGAACCUAUCUACCCUGAUCAUGCUCCCUCUGCAGAACUUGAUAAUGCCUAUGACUAUCAUGACCGCCCGGGAAGUUCAUUUCGGUCCACCGAAACGGAACCGGAUUCGUCAGAAUUGAACUAGCUCAUUGUCUUGUCUGACCGGGACUGAUGAUGCUGUUACGAAAGCGACCAGUCUAAGCCAAACGAGGGUAUUAUCGCCAAUCCAGGAAAAGGGACACGUUUCUGGUGAUGUUUAAAACGCAGAAGAGGAAGAAGAACUGCCCGGUCGCUGGAGAAAAGUUUCAUUCGUCUGAGCUUGAGGUCUCAUGCACGACCAAAUCCCUACAGAGAACGAAUUAACAUCUAAUCAGCACUGAUUGCCAAUUUAAGCCGAGAAAAUAUCUUUCCAGGUCUAGCUGGUAUCAGGUGGACAGAUUGGGGAUGACACCGUCACUGAUGUCGGCUGCCUGCCGUGAGCGAGGAAUGAACCCUGUCCAGGAACGCCACGAUGUGGCUUUGUUUGCGCAUCUUGAACACAGCAGAUGUAUGCGCAAAGAGUGGAUAUCAGCCAUCACCAUUCAUUUGGCGGGUGAUACGCAAUGCUCCCGACUUCAACUACGGUCUGAGGUUUUACAGGGCUGUGGCCUCAAGCAAAGAGUCAGUUAGAACAUGGUCUCAGGAUUCGAAUUAGCUUUAAUUUUCGAUCUUACUGAGAAGCUUAGUGAGCCCCUUCGGUCCUCGUCAAGGUGCAGCUCUACAGUCUAUCUAACGAUGAGAGCGGGGGCAGACCUCCCUAUUACGUCAGUGAAAGGACGGUUGCCUUUUCUGUACGCUCCCAUCUAGGCUUAUAGUGCGGUCACGCUUUCAAAACCCAGCCAUGACAGCGACUGUUUACCGUCGUCUAGCGUCGAAAUACGAGCAGUAAUUCAGCGUCUCCGGAAAAUCAGAACACCAGUUAAGGACGCGCUGCCAGUGGAAGUGUCUAGAACCUGUUUCGAUGUUACUUUUUAGCAGCCUGAAAAGACAUUUAAACAAGUCUGGUGCCAUGCGUCUUCCCCACAGGACUGGAGCAUCGCCACCCCACUUUCAAAGUGGAAGACGAGACAGAAUACAGUAACUACCUCUCCGCGAGUGUCUUUGGAAGUAGGCUUUUGAACUUUUUUCGUUCCACUAGGCAUGCACUGACAGGAAUACCAGGGCAGUUUUCAUCGCGGCAAUGGCGUCAUCGGCCAAGUAUUUAUACCUUAGCGAAUUCUUCGGAGGGAAUUUGUCUGUUUGCUUGAUUUCACUGCAGUGUUUUCUCCGUUCGAUGGAAGUGCUGUCCUAAAGGCCAUGCUCAGUGCUAACAUGCCUCAAAGUGCAUGAACAUGGUCAAGAAGUACUGUUCGGCUCCUCUCUGCCACCAGUGGUGAGAAAAUAACCUGCUGCAUACGGCUCACGCGUUAUAAACUCUGUCGACCUCCCCUCGAAUUCCAAAAUAGGCGUGUCAACACCGCCCUGUUCUGUUGCAGCGAAAUAUGGCUGUUACCUGCUGCCAAUCUGAGGAAGAUCGAGGUAUUUGAUGGCUGCUACCUCCAACAAGUACCGCGGGUUCGGCUCAUGGACUGCGUCUCGAGCGUGGAACUACUUCUCUGAUCAGGGACACCUGCCAGUAUUGCAGUAGUGGGCCAUCCACCCUUCCAAGUUGUUCGAUUAUACGCCUCGUUGCCUCUAAAGGAAGCUGAUUGACGACGUCAUCUUUCCUAAGCGCUGCUAACAUUGUGGCCCACAGAAGAAGUGCAUAAAUGUACUUAAAUUUGACCUGCAGAGGUUGCCGGGGGUUGAUGAUUCUCGGGAUUGGAUUUGUAGGCGGAUAACGACCGCCGGAGGCCUCACCUUUGGUUGCAAAGUAUGAGCUAAGCUGGUUCGUGAUAUCGUGAGCUGUGGGGGCUUACUCAGUCAGCAUUCAUCUUAAUGGUGACUAGUAUAGGCGUCUGUUGACCGCCCCUGACAGCUUGGUUAGUACGAAUUUGUGUGAUGGUGUCGACGGUCAACUAUCUUCCGGUGUUCGUGAAAACGGUCUUUGAUCAGUUGUACUUGCGAUCCGGCCUUCUAGCAAAGCCUGCUCAUUUCUUGUCAGAGUAACUAGUCCACACUCUUCAUAACUUUAUCUUGUCAAGAGAGCUUUCUCUACCUUCGAUGAGGACUGCUUCGUUAAAGUCUUUCUGACAUUUGUACGGCCACAGCUAGAGUUCGCUAUUCAGGCGUGGACCUCUAAAGAUCUCAGCAUCAUUGAGGAAGUUCAUAGGCGGGCAACCAAACUCGUAAGUGGACAGGGUUCACUACCUUAUGAAACACGACUAUCGAAUCUCGGCCUUUUUUCCACUGAGUUACAGACAGCUAAGAGGCGACCUUAUACAAACAUUCCGUAUAAUGCGCGGCCAGAACUGUUGUCUCUUACCUGCUGAUUUCUUUGAGUUAGCAACCACAGCGAACCUCCGUGGACAUCCACUUAAACUACGUGUGACUGGCGCCAGGCUGGACAUUCGGAAGUUCUUCUUUUCAAACAGAGUUGUCGAGGCUUGGAAUGCUUUGCCUGCAGAUGUCGUCAUGUCCACCGCCGCCGAGGCUUUUAAGCGCAAGUUGGAUCGGUGUGCCACUAAACGUCAUAUGUCACCUGAUCGACAUCGUCUUAGCUUUUCGUUUGAACUGUUUAUUAAUGUUAACAUAUUACUACCUGUAUUUCAGUAACGCUUGUUUUUUAUUAUUGUCCCAGGUCCAUUGAAUGUGUGUGUUGGCAUUUAACUCGUCUCCCCCAGAAACUGAGAUAGCACCAAUUAUCCAUUGACAGACCACUGUACAGCACAUUUAGUAAAGUUAUUGUGUUUAACACUCGGAACAAUUCGUUCAUCUGUCUGGUUUCGAAAACUUUGUCGAUCUGAAAAAAAUUUCCAUAGCUCUUUGAUGUUUCCAUUGUCAAAUUUUUGAUAUAGUUUGCUUCCUUGUAACAAAAAGGGAGUUCAAAGGUUCAACAUCUAUGUUCCCCUCAAAUGAACUGAAACUGAAACUAAACUGCAUCACGGGGGUAGUGAAGACAAUCAGGGGAGUAGAAAUGAAGAAACGCGGUUGCCCUGUGCCAUUUACUCAGUGCUGUUGCCCGAAAUCCACUGGAGUCGACGUGGCGACGUUCAACUCUAGGCCUACCUCCACGCUAUCCGCCAGCAUUCUGACAUUGUUCCUGGUCUCCGCCCCCCAUACUCAGUCAUUGUCAGUAGAACAGACCCAAAUGGAGCUCACUUCUUUCGCUGGUGCAAAGUCGCCGGUGAGAGGCUGUCCAGUUUUUAUGGCCACAAAGACCUCAAAAUCAGUGUCUACCACGGCGAUGAAAAAACAGUCUGCAAGAACCCCUUAUUGAGCGGCUGCAGGGAGACAGCAUCAAACAAAUCCGUAGAAAUGCUCCUUCUCAUUUGCCUAAUCGAGUCGACUUGAGUGCUCUUAAUUGGAUACGUAUUCUCCGAUGAUAGUCCUGUCAGCAUUGAGGAAGUCAAAGGUUUUGAUCAUUAAUCACUAGGUCUGUGCUAUAAUCUAAUGUCUAGACAAACCUUAGCCCUCUCCUCCACCAUCCUCGUCUAUCGGUUGUUUUGUGCCCUUUUCUGCCAUGCCAUGUUAUACGGCUCUGAUGGUGAAUAAUUGAAGACGUGUCAUUGCAAACUUCCAAAAUAUUUAUCCGUGUUUUUCGUCUUUACAGGUGGGCUCAAUCGUACGAAAUCUCGGUAGAUAUUCCUAUUUUUCCAACCAAGGUUGCACUGACAGUCGCCCGCGAAGUCCCAGUAAGUUCUUUUUGCUGUUUGAGGUUUUAACCGUCCAGGAAGUUAGCUAAAAUCCCCAUUCAACCAAAGUCUGUAGCGCUGUCGCAUAAUCUGCCAUAACUUAAAAUUUCCAAUGUCUAUUUCCUAAAUGUCUUCGCAGUUUAUGCUGUCUUUUCAUGUCUACGCGCCUCGAACGACCGCUUCGAUGGCAGUUCGACUCCAGUGGCUUUUAAACCAGUCUCACAGCUGACUUCUAUGAUGACUUUUAACGAUGGUGGUGACGGUGGCUGUGAUGGUAACCAUUUGAAUGUUAUUUCAGGGGCACAACUUGCGGUUUAAUGGUAACCGCUGGUGUUCGCUAAGCGCCCAUGGUUCUCUUCAUGUUGUAUUUGCUGAUGUACGUUUUCAUUCCCUUCUUCGUUCUGGAAGUCGAGUUGGGAUAUUAUCCCCGCUGAAUAGGUCGCUUAUGCUGUCUCAGAUUGCUACAAAUAGCGUUGAAGCUCAAAUUGGGGAAGCCUCAUCAUCGGUCAGACCAAUUAUCCCAGACAACUCGCCGGAUGGAGGUGCUGUGGACAGAUCACAAUGCACAGUCGUCCAUGGACUUCGUGAAUCAAUCAACGAUAACCCCAGAUGUAGGAUAAAUGAUGAUAUCAUGAUCUUGCAAGUGUCUGGGUAAAAUAAUAAAAGAAAAUGAAGCCAUUAAGAUUCUGAAACUUUUCCGACUAAGCAGUAAAGAUAGUGCGAGCUCUCAGGGUAUGAAACCAAGGCCUUUAAAGAUAGUUUUAGAGAGUAGACUCCAGAGGAAUUUUCUACUUGAACGGACAUUAGGGAGUAUCCCUGGCCAUAGAGGUCUUUUUAACCGGGUUACUCAGUACAAGAAAGCAUGAAAUGGAGGGGCUGAAGGCGGAGCUGGCGACCUUAAAAGAACAAGGAGAGAAGGGACUAGUAAUAAUGAACGGAUUGAUCGUUCGACGACAAAAACCCCUCCUGUGGAGGACGCCUGUUAUACUGACGAAGGCCACACGGCCGGGCAACUAAUUCGACGCAAAACCUACAUAAAAUUAAGUUCUUUUACAGAAAUGUACAAAGCCUCUUGAACAAGCUCGACGAACUUAGAAUAAUUGUGGCCGAACUAUGCCCUGAUGUUAUUGCAUUAACUGAAACGUGACUCAUCCCAGAUGUCACAGACCCCUAGAUACAGUUAGAUAGUUAUCAAGUGCUAAGACGAGAUCGAACCAAAAAGCGAGGUGGCGUAGUUGCCCUAUACAUCAGCAAUGCGGUCGAAUAUAAUCCUGUUGAAGAAUGUGUAAAUGAGCAUGAUCUGCAGAUGCUGUAGUGUCAUUUGGUGGUCCUCAAAGCCGAAAACGUUAUUGUCACCGUUGUAUAUAGUCCUCAAAAUCAACCUGCCGACGAAGAUUGAGCAUUACUAACUUGACUCCGCGAGGACAGCCGAAAGCAAAACGUUAUUGUUGUAGGAGAUUUCAAUGCUCCGCGGAUUAACUGGAACCUUAGGACAGUUAAGGGCCACAGACAAGGAUUCGACUUGGCACUUGAUGAACUUCUGUUUAAACAUGUACGAACUGUGACUCGGAUGCGUGAAGGUUGGAGGGCUAGUCGCCUAGACCUACUGUUUACCAAGAACGAGGAAAGCGUUGUUUAAAUAAAUGUAUGCCCGCCCCUAGGUUCUUGUGAUCACAUGACAUUAAUGUGGGAGUCGACACUCGUAGCUGUCCCCGAACGAAGCUCAAAGUCGUCAAGAAAUGUCUGGGGGGGGGUAACUUUGAGGCAAUGAAAUCAGAGAUUGGACACACACGAUGGACGGAAGCAUUACGAGGAGAUGUCAACGAAUGCUGGACAACUUUCGAAUUAACUAUGAGAGACUUCAUUGAACGAUACUGUCCCCACAAGAAACAUCCAACCGGAAAUAAACCGAAAUGGCUGACAACACCGGUUAAGAAGGGAAUCCGAAAAAAACGCAAGUUGUGAAAAAUCUUCUUACAAGCGGGGAGCCCAGAAAAUCUUCAGGAAUUUAGACAACCACGAACCUUAUGCAAAAGGCUCAUCCGAGGAGUAGGAGCUUCUUAUGAACUGAAGUUCCUGGAAGAGGCGCAGCAAAAACCUAAAGAAUUCUGCAUGUAUCAGGGGCAAUACGAAAAACCGGGACCAUCUCUCAACCUUAAAGGACAAAAAUAACCAAAUUGUGAACGAUGACUUUCAAAAAGCCGAGCUUCUUUCAGAGUUUUUCCAAAGUGUCUAUACCACAGAACCACCCCUCCAGUCCUGUUCUCUUCCACAGCUCGCCAACCAAUCACUUAUAAGCACAGUAUUUUUACACCGCAGUUAGUUUUAGCAGAGUUAAAUAAGCUGGAUCCGGCCAGGUCACCUGGGCCAGAUGAGAUCCCAGCUGCACUCCUACGUCAGUUAGUUGAAUAAUUAACAGAACCACUCUGUAUAAUCUUCCAAAAAUCGCUGGAAACUGGCAAACUACCUGAUACAGGGAAGUUGGCAAACGUCGUACCUAUCCACAAGGGAGGAUCACGGCUAUGUCCCACCAACUACCGGCCGGUGAGUCUGACAUGCAUUUGCUGCAAACUGAUGGAAUAGUAAAAAAAUCAAUUACAUCACUCGAUACAUUCCACUGUCACAUCAGUUCAGUUUAACAUGGCUUCUGCGAAAAGAGGUCCUGCCUCACAAACCUGCUUACGUCACUCGAACAUUGGUCGACGGCCAUGGAUGAAGGACAUCUAGUAGAUGUCAUUUACUUCGGCUUCAAGAUUUCCUAAACGGUCGUGAACAAAAAGUCACUGCGGGUGGCUACUGCUCAGAAUGGGCACCUGUUAAAAGUGGAGUCCCACAGGGGUCAGUUGUUGGGCCGCUCCUAUUCAUUAUCUAUGUAAAUGAUCUAGUACGCGAAGCGAAAUCGGUCAUAGCGCUCUUUGCGGACGAUCUUCAACUUCGGAGAUUGAUAACAGAUGAAGAUGACGUCAAGAUACUACAAGAGGACGUAGAGAAUUUGCAGGCAUGGAGCGAGAAAUGGUGCAUGAAAUUCAACGUCAAAAAAUGUACAGUAAUGUACGUAGUAUCAGCGAGACGAAGAAAUAAUGCACCCUCACGACAGUAUCUCCUGGACAAUCAACCAUUUAAAACCGUAUAUGUAUAAAAAGAUCUCGGUGUAUUCAUGAAAGACGAUCUUAGCGUCACCACGCAGUGUUCUAAAGUCGCAGCGCGGGCAAUGUCAGUCAUAAGCGCGAUACGCAGAACGUUUAUUCACUUGAAUACAGAUGUCUUUGGCAAAGCAUAUGGGACAUUUGUGCGGCCGCACCUGGAAUAUGCGGUACAGGCUUGGCGGCCGUGGCUUCGGAAGGAUAUAGAUAUCCUGGAAGGUGUACAACGGCGUGCUGCAAAGGCUGUUCAUGGCCUCAAAAAUUUUACGUACGAGUAGCGCCCGACGGCCUUGAACCUCGAUUCCCUCCAUUACAGGCAGGACAGAGGUGGCCUCAUGGCAACGUUCCAGUUGGUAAAAGGACUUAAUCUGGAUGUCGACUGGGAAGCGUUUUUGAAAUGGCACCGAAGUCUAAUCUCAGACGAAACAAUUACCAGCUUAAAAAGGAACCGUGCCACACAAAUCAACGUUCCUCCUUUUUCUCACAGAGGGUCAUUCGUCAAUGGAACUCUUUACCGGCGUAUACUGUUAAUUCCCCUACCGCGCGUGUUCAAGAGACAACUGGAUGUUCACCUGCAACCCGAACUGCCGAAGCCUGAUCUAGCAGAUUACUGAAAUGACUAUAAAUAUACUACUACCGUGAUUUCAACAGAUCCUUUUUGUGCGUUAAACUUAACCCAUAUGGAAAUUUUCACAGUCCGAACGCGGUGAACAAAGUUUUUCGCAAUUAUUUCGCAAACGCCAUACCCUUUUCGCAUUUAUGUUCCAUUAUUAUAUUAAUGCAUUCUGCCCACUAAAACUGCAAUUUAACUAUUUUCCCUUACAUCUGUACCGUCUAAAUGGAGUUUUCAGGGCUUCUGUCGUUUACUCUAAAUAUACUGACUGAAGACGAUUUAUCAACAUUUUUACCAAGUUAAACAGAACUACGCAAAAAUUUCAGUAGACUUUCUUUCUUCACAGUUGUUCUGACCGUCUGCUAAUUCCCGCCUCUUUAUUUCUGGUUCCACUACUAUCAAGUCUGUCAAAUGUGCUUGCAUUAGUCUGGCAGCACGGGACCGCAUGAACGGCUCAAAAGUGUGUCUGUCCCCCCCCCCCCCCCAUACAACAGCCCUGGAGGCCAAAUCAGUGUCCGGCACGCGCUAUUGGGCAGCGCAUGAGCAUGUCGUGACACGCUUAGGCGCAGCCUCCCGCCGCGCCAGUCACCUGUUCCCGAUAUCGCCUGCAGUCUCCUGGAUUCUGUUUUGACACCGGGGCUAGGAUGGUGAGGGGAGAGAGAGAGUGAGAUAGCUGCUGCCCAAGUCUACUAUCAUUAUAAACAAAUUCACGCGGUAGUCACCGUCCCUGCGCCCUCCCUCCUGUGGGCAUCGUCAGUAACGACGGUCGAACUGUCAGAUUUGGCACGCGCUAACCUUACGGCACGUUUUGGUAUAUAAGGAGCGGUCUCCUACCUACUCUAUCAGUACUUGCAUCCCUAGUUUCUUCUUCAUGGACUACCGCGUCCAUCAUCCGCUUCUGACAUCUAUUUUUUAGUCAACUCCUUGACGAACUUGCAUCUUGGGAGGGUCAGUGUCUCUCCACAGCCCAUGUGCUCUCCCGCAAAUGUUGCCCCAUGCCCUCCCAACUGCCACUGCCAAUCGCAUUCCUACCCGCGACCGAGACCUCGUAGCCUCUUUCAGUAG